GAAAUGGACAAGAAGGUUUGUGUUAGUAUUCUGCUAGCCAUGCUUGCCACAGCAGCCCUGUGCAGACCAAUGACAGAGCUAGAAUCAGCAAGACACGGAGCUCAGAGGAAGAACUCCAUUCCUGCAGUCAGCAGACGGGACCUCCUCGCAUCCCUGUCCCAUGAACAGAAGCAGCUCAUCAUGUCACAGCUUCUCCCCCAGCUACUUGCAGAAAUGUCCAACGGGGAGGACCAUCUGAACCCCAUGCAUGACCGGGAUUACGCCGGAUGGAUGGAUUUUGGCCGCAGGAGUUCAGAAGUCGCUGAUUCUUAACUCUUUUCCUUCCCCCCUCUGUCCCUUUGACUGCUGUAAAUGCCCCAAUGGGGAACAAUGAUGCUAUUAAA